AUCCCCUUGCAGUGGGGGGAAGGAAUUAAACCCCCAAGAUGGCGGCGGCGUCGGAGGAGCGGAUGGCUGAAGAAGGAGGCGGCGGCCACGGCGACAGCAGUUCUUCUUCGGCCAUCGGCUCUACCCAGCGACUGCCCCCACCGCCCCCGCCCCCGCCCCCACAGCCGGGGUCCCAGGCGCCCCCAGCCCCAGCGCUGGCUCAGGACCAGCUGCCUCAAAACAACACGCUGGUGGCGCUGCCCAUCGUAGCCAUCGAGAACAUCCUCAGCUUUAUGUCCUACGACGAAAUUAGUCAGCUCCGCCUGGUUUGUAAAAGAAUGGACUUGGUCUGCCAGAGAAUGUUGAAUCAGGGAUUUCUGAAGGUGGAGCGGUACCAUAACCUGUGCCAGAAGCAAGUCAAAGCGCAGCUCCCGAGGAGAGAGUCAGAAAGGAGAAACCAUUCAUUAGCUCGUCACGCAGACAUCCUUGCUGCCGUCGAAACCAGGCUUUCACUUUUAAACAUGACUUUCAUGAAGUACGUGGAUUCCAAUCUCUGUUGCUUCAUCCCAGGAAAGGUUAUUGAUGAAAUUUAUCGUGUGUUGAGAUAUGUCAAUUCCACCAGAGCCCCUCAGCGAGCUCACGAAGUACUUCAGGAGCUGAGGGACAUUUCCUCCAUGGCAAUGGAGUACUUCGAUGAGAAGAUCGUUCCGAUUCUGAAGAGGAAACUGCCAGGAUCAGAUGUGUCUGGAAGACUCAUGGGCUCCCCUCCAGUUCCGGGACCUUCUGCAGCCCUGACAACAAUGCAACUCUUCUCCAAGCAAAACCCUUCCAGACAGGAGGUUACCAAACUCCAGCAGCAGGUUAAGACAAAUGGUGCUGGUGUGACUGUUCUCAGGCGUGAAAUUUCUGAGCUCCGCACCAAAGUGCAAGAACAGCAGAAGCAGCUUCAAGACCAGGACCAGAAACUGCUAGAGCAGACCCAGAUCAUAGGUGAACAGAACGCACGGUUGGCAGAGCUGGAACGCAAGCUGCGGGAAGUAAUGGAAAGUGCAGUCGGAAGCCCCUCAGGGUCUGGGCAGAACGAAGAGUCUCCUCGGAAACGGAAAAAGGCAGCGGAAGCCAUAGACUCUCUUAGGAAAUCUAAACGUCUCCGGAACAGAAAGUAACUUGGGAAGUGCUUCUAGCUCCAGAGGAAGACCGGGCUUAGUGGCUUGAGCAGCGAUGCAUAUCAGGAUGCUGUGAGCGACAUGGUGUCCCUUAGGCUUCUAGGCUUUCAGAACACACCUUAAACUUGAACCCUCAUGGUUGGGACAUUCUUUCCCCGCUUCUCCUGGUUGAACUGAUGCACAGAAUCUUUUUACUUUGCAAUAGAUUUGUACUAACCAUACCUAUUCUAUCAUGUUUUGAGGAGUUAACUUUUUUCUGUGCAUUACAUGUUUAAAGUAAGUUUAUUUGUUUCUGCAUAUAUGCACAUUACUUAAGGAUCUUAAACCAGUCCUGACAGACUAGAAGUUUAAUACAGAAAUGUCCUGUUCACUUGAAAGAAAAGAUCUACUUUUUAAAUGGACAGUAUCUUGUUUUAAAAAAAAAAGUUGAUUUUUGUUAUAAGUGACCUUUGUCUGGAAUGUCUGAAAAGUAGUAAAGCUUUUUGGUAUUGAAGUAAUGGGUAACUAAAUGGACUUCCAUAGCGUUGACUGUAGAAGGAGCCUCUACAGUGCUGACUAUAUAUUUUUAUAAACUACUGCAAGGGAUUUCUCCAGUUAUGUCACGUUUUCAGUUCUCUUCUGGGGCCGUGUCCAACACUUGCAUGAAUGGAUGCAUGCAUUGCCUAGGCAACUCACUUAAAAAGCUCUUGCACUGGUAUUGAUCUUGAACCUCUAUAUUUCUCCACUUUUUAGAGCAGCGUCUUAGUUUCUUUAAGCACUUAACAUCUUCCACCACAAAAUAGCUGGCCUGGCGGGGGGGUGAGUCCAUUUGUCCUCCGUUUUACAGGAACGGGAGAGUAUUAAAGCCCAUCGCUUUCUCUCUUCUCUGUAGGGUUCAGGGACACUGGCUCAGGCAGAAUGCCCAAUCCCAAGGCUCUGUCGAUGUCAGACCUCUGGUAACUAGAACUUUUCCCCCUCACCACUGUGUGCGCUCACUGACGGAGCGUGACGACCAGUGGUGUCAGCAGGGGACCCGACCUGUGGGAUGCAGUUAUGCCAUUGAAAGAAAACUUCACUGAAGAACACUGUACUACAAAAAAGCAUUUUGAGCAUUUCCUUUCUGGGGGAUGACCCGAGGGAAGCUUUUUAAUAUUGAUUUCAAGCUUUCCUUCUCCUACAACUUUAAACAAAAGCUUUAAUUUUUUUUUUUUUUUUGCACUCCUGUGUUGAGCUUGUAACUGGAAAAGCAUGUCUUGCACUGUUCAACCUUCGAAGAGGUCACUCUAACAACCUCCAAAUUGUGUACAGUGGUGGUUUUCCCCAGGUGUAUAUUUUCAAGACGUUCAGCUAUUACUGUUCUAGUUUUAUUUUAAUGUACUAAAUUAUGUCAUUAUUAUUUGACUGUUCUUUUAAACAGCUGUUGCCUUGGGCCUCAGUUAUUUAAAAUAAAUUUAGGUGUAAUGUAGAAAACUGUCCCUUUCCAAGUGGGAGUUUGAUACCUGUACAAAACCUAAGGUUUUGGUAAACACCUUAGUUGAAUAAAAGCACAAGGUUAUCAUCUUUUUUUUUACCCGUCCAACAUGACAUGGUUCUGCAUCCUUCAGAUUAACCUCACCAAAUGAAACAAGUUCUUACCCAUUUUUAUAUUGUUCUCACAUAAUAUUGUCCUUAGAUUUUGGUCAAUUCUAUGUCUAACUUUGAAACUUCAUUUACAAUGUAGUAUGUUUUCAAUGAAAAACCAUAAAAUAACAUCCAAGUGUUCCAUGGUGUGUCGGGAAGGUAAUUUUAAAAUAAAGUUUCCAAAAGAGAUUUGUCAGCCAAGGUCAUCCGUAACAGUCCCUGUCUGGAACUCAUUUUCUCAGCAGGUCUCACGCUUUGUAACCAUAGGAUUUAGCCAUACUGUCAUAACUUCGGAGCAGGCCCACGGGAUACUCAGGGCCUUUAAGAGUCUGCUUUCCUGGUAAUAGGAAGACCUUUUAGGUAACAAAGGACAUGUUUACAGGUUUACGAAGUAUGAUCCUUAUGCAUUGAAGGGAUAGAACCUCAGAUGAUUUUUUUGAUAGUUAGAGAAUUAAACUUGCCUGGGUUUCUUCAUAAACUUUACCUAGAUACCCUAAAUGUAUCUGUAGUCUUCCACUAGUUAACAGGAAUAUUUGGCUUUCAUAAUAAACUUUGACACUACUAGAAGGUAGAUCUUGCUUUCAAAAUCCAAAUUUCUGCAGCAUACACUUGUAUCACCUCUCCGUAGGUUAAUGAGUUGCGACUGCUCAUGCAUGCACGAAUGUUCCAUAACAGUAGGAGAAUAAAACACUACCGUUCCGUUGUUUAAGUCUUCAAUCUUAGACUAUCUAGAUAAGACAUGUUAGGGUAUUGCCUUGACCGAUUUGAUAGCUUUUGUACUUGCUUUUGGAUGGCAUAACAGUAUUUAAGGUUCAACAAAUCCCAAAUUACUUUGAUCAGCUGAAACUGACAUGUUACAGGAAGACGGUAAACUAGCCUCCUGAGAAAAACCAUCCUGCCCCCGAUCGUACGUCAGUAACGUAAAUGCUAUAAUGUUAUUUAAUACUGUGUUGUCCUAGAAGAGCAUUUCAAAAAAUCUUCCUGUCCUCUUCCUUGGCUGUUUUUCAGAGGAGACUUCUCUAUGUUAAUGGGGUCAUUCCCACUUAAGAGUUGAUAUGGUACAACACUACAGACAGACACAGUGUGGAAGGCGUGUGUGAGAAGGCUGCCCCCACAGGGCCCUCUGCUCACCUCCUACGUGGACUUGGCUUGGUUUUCACGUAUUCUGAAAUGAGGAUUAUUUCAGAACGUGAGUUCUAGAACCUGUUGUUUUUCAAGCUCCUCUUCUGCUGUACAGAGCCUGGAAUGGAUGGGCAAAGUAUUCAGAGUCAUGUUUUAAAAAUGAUUGGGGGUGCCGUCGCGUCUGAAGCCACUGGUUUUGGAAGCAACUUUUUUGUAAAAUGUGGUGUUUGGAGUAUUGAACUUUACGGGGGCUUGCCUUAAUCUCUAUUUAGUGGGUUCAAGAUGUAUGCGCUAUCAUUCUACUUGUUAAAAUGUUAAAAUAUUCUAUGUAGCCCCAAAGGUGGUUAAAAGAGUAUAAGUAAUGCCUAAAUAAAUAAGCCAGAAGGUGUCACUACAGCUGGAUUUUGAGGGAAAAUGGACAUGAACAUAGGCUAUGUAUAAUAAAAACAACGGCACCUUAAGAUUGCACUAUUUUAUGCAUUGUUUUAUAUGCCAUUUCAUAGCCUGCACUUUAAUCUCCAAAGAAACGAUGUAUGAUUUCCCAGUUCCUUAUUAUUAAUAAACUUUCCUAAGACAGGGCACUUAAUUCUAUUUUACUAGACUGAAUUAGUUUCUUGGAGGUGGAUUCCUUUCUUGAGUUCUCUAUUUCCUUAGCCAUAAUAUUUUCUAGGAACUAGGAACUCCCUAUCUUGUCGAUUUCCAACAGUAUAGAAUUUUAAUUUAAAGUAAAGUAAAAUCUCAGACUUGGUGAUCAGCACAUUCUUACAUCCUGCUUUAGCAAUGAGUACCCGUUUAUUAACACUUAUCAAACCGCCUGCAAGUAUCAAAUGCUGCAAGUAAGAUUUGAAGCCAGGAAUAAAAGGGAUUCUGAAAGGCAAUGUCCUGUAGAAUGUGGUCUCUUGGGAAUGGCUGUUUCUAAAGUAAAACCCACUUUGAUACGCUAUGCAGUUCUCUGACUAAAUUCGGGUCCCUCUGAAUUAGUCCACAAAACGUUAGUAAGUUAAACCUACUUAAAAAUAACAAAGUUCUGUAGCCUGCCAUUCUGAAGUGAAUUAUUUUUUAAAGAUGCUAAUCUACAAAAUGAAACUAGCAAGUAGUUGGCUGCUGCCUACCACGAUUUUAUUUUUAAUAGCAAUAUAUGUUUAAUGACAAAUAUGAUAGGCUCAAGUCAUGUUGGCCUUUGGCAGCUUCCUAAGAAUGUCUGUUGAAUUUCUAAAGUCAAAAGGUAAACUCAAAAUUUUUCCUGUUGUGUCUGAAGAGAAUCAUGGGACUUAGAAGCCUACUGGUAAUCUAUUAGGUCCAUUGCCCAAGUACACUGGUCCGUAUUCAGAACUAUACCAAAAGUUAGAAGUGUUUCAAAGUCCUCUAUGUGGUACCAUGUCUGUUUGCUGAUGCUCACGAGCAACAAUAAAUGACCAGUUUACCUUCUGGAAUUUUCAUUGUUAUAACCUAAUUUAGUUACUGGAAAGUGAAAACCACCUUCCGGUCACACAGCAGGGUACGGAAAUAAACGUGUUGUUACCAGC